UUAGGCAAUGUAUCUGGUAGCAACGUAGGUUUAGCAAUUUCGCAAUCACUAAUUUUGGCCAGCGGUAUGCAAUACGGCGUAAAACAGAUAGCCGAGACUUUUUCGCUGAUGACAGCUGUGGAAAGAAUUCUCCAGUAUACAAAUCUUCCCGCGGAAUCAGCUGUUACCUCGGACGACCCUCCGCCGCCUACGUGGCCAGCCCAAGGGCAAUUAACGUUCAAGGAUGUCAGCAUGAAGUACGACAAGAACGAUCCGUUUAUCUUGAAGAAUCUGAACUUCUCUAUCGAGCCUGGCUGGAAGAUCGGUGUAGUGGGACGAACUGGUGCCGGCAAAUCUUCGUUAAUCUCCGCGCUCUUCCGCCUGUUCGACGAAGGUCUAAAGGGCGAGAUCAUAAUUGAUGGCCGAGUGACGAGCAUGGUAGGUCUGCGGGAAUUGCGCUCAAAGAUCUCCAUCAUACCACAGGAGCCGGUGCUCUUUUCCGAAAGCCUGCGCUACAACCUGGACCCGUUCAAUCAGUACGACGACGUGAAGCUAUGGGAGGUGCUUCGAUUAGUCGAGCUAAAUGAAGUCGCCCUGGACCACAACGUUCUCUACGGUGGCCACAACUUCAGCGUUGGUCAAAGACAGCUCAUAUGCUUGGCUAGAGCGAUCUUGAGAAAUAAUCGCCUGCUCGUCCUUGACGAGGCCACGGCCAACAUCGAUUCGCACACGGAUGCCUUAAUUCAAGACACCAUAAGGAGGAAUUUUAAAGAGUGCACUGUCAUUACAAUAGCGCAUCGUUUGAACACCGUCAUAGACAGUAAUCGCAUCAUCGUAAUGGAAAACGGUUGCAUUGUGGAAUUUGGCAGUCCAUACGAAUUAUUGCAUAAACCGGACGGCUACUUUAAGCAAAUGGUGGAGAAGACGGACAAGCAAAUGGCUCAGAAUCUUUUGGAACAGGCAAAAAAGGCCUAUCAGAAAAACGAUGAUAAUCGGAAUUUGAAUCUGUCAACACAAAAUUCUAGCGAGAGUAACAUUAUAAUCACAGAACAAACCAAACUGUAAAUUUACUCAUACUAAUAAUAGUAUUUUGCAUUUAGCGGAAACAGCUUUGUAACUAUCGUGAGAAUCGUAUUAAUCUACUUACUAGCCUGUUAUAAUUUUUCAACAUAUUGCUAAACGGUCGUAAUUUUUCACGACGUAUUAAAAGUUAUCUUUUAGCAGAAAUCAAUUUCGCAUAUAAACUAAACCGUCUAUGACAGAAUUAUAAUAGAUUGUGAUGUAAACGAUAUCGAUAUCAUUAAAAUGUGCGUAAUUGAUAAUGCUACUUGGUCCUGAAUAUUCAAUAAUGCUACUUGUAAUAUAUGUGUCACUUUAGGAUAAGUAUAUGUACAUUAUAUAUUAUAUAUGUCAUUGUUAUGUAUCAGAGGUCAUAAUAUACGGUCAUUAUAUUAGAAGAAAUUUAUUUUUUCAAAUUUCUUAUGCAGCCUCGAAUUUUUCAAGUUUGAUAAGAAAUAAUCGUUCGAAAACAUCUCAUACAAUAUAAUAUAUACAAUACAUUAUAUACAUUGAUGUACUAGAAAUAAAUUAUAAAUUUAUGUAUAGCGUGUUUGCACGAUAUCUCAAAUUUUGUGUAUAUGUAAUUUUUCUUAUAUAAUAUAUUUUAAAGACAUUUUUAAAAAGAUAGAAAAAUGGAAAAAACGAGAGAGAGAGAAAAAGAGUAAAAGAAUCUGGGAGUGCAUCUGUUUAACAGAAAAUGUAUAAAAGAAUAAAAUUAAUAAUUACAAAUUAAAAUAAUCUAUUUU